AUGGACGGUUUACCCGUUGGCAGUGCCCACAUGGCCCCAGGUACAGACUGGACAGGACCGAUUCGGACUUUGAGCAGACAAGGGCACAACACAUACACACUUGGGCACCUUGAACCCCCGAAACCAUCCAACCCACACACGCACGCAAACGUCAGCGUCAAAGCGGUUCGGUACGAAACUCUGGUCCAUGGGGCAAGGACUUGA